UAAGCUCUAAGUCACGUCAUGGCGGCAUUAAGCCAGGAGACAGAUGGUCCCAGAUCCACCAUGCCGGCUGAACUGCACCAUCCCCACUCGCAGUUCUCUCUGUGGAAGUUCAAACUGUUCAGGGUGAAGUCUAUGGAGAAAGCCCCUUUGCCUGGAGAGACACAGCCUGAAAAAGGAUCCUCAUUGGGGAUCUCAACUCCUGCAGCUCCAAAUAUAGACCUAAAUGAUCGUGCGGGUCCGGAGAGUGUUAUGAAAUUGUGCCUGGGGGGAAAAAGCAAGGAAAAUGUGGAGGGCCCUGGAAGGAGAGUAGAUAUCAAACUGCAGGAAAUGGACACCCACAUGAACCACCUAAGGAGCCUGUGCCGUCUCUGUGGAGCAACCUUGUGGAAAGUCAAAGGACCAGUGCACGACGUUCAUGGAAAUCUGGAUGAAGUAACCAAACUUUCCCUGCGUAAAAUGGGCUGCAAGUUCAGAGGCUGGCCAGAGGUCAUCCUUAAAGUGUUCAAAGUGGACGUGACAGACGAUUCAGAAUCUGUGCACCCUCUUUCCUUCUGCCAUCGUUGCUGGAAGAAUGCCAUCCGAGGUGGAGGCGUCUGCAGCUUCACCAGAACAAAAGUCCCCGAGUGGAAACCCCACUCCUCCCCCUGUUACCUCUGCUCGCCCCGGAAACCUUUAUUCCAGAGGACUCGGCGGAAGAGGAGGAAAGCUGUUCCUCGAGCCCAGAGCCUUGCGAAGAAGACUAGAUGUGAAUACGGUGAGAGCAUAGUUGUUGGUGAGAAGAGAACUCUGAGGCCAUUCGGAGAGAGUCAUAGCGUCUGGAGGAAACCCAGCGUCCAGAGGGAGCAGUGGGUGAGGAACAUCACACACUGCCAGAAUGACCACCUGAGCAGCAAGUUGAUCUCUGAGAAGCUCCCUGUGGACUUCAUUGUUUCUUUCAACUGCCUGGUGUGCGACCACCUGCUCUCUGACCCGGUCCAGUCCCCAUGUGGGCACCUCUUCUGCCGCAGCUGUAUUAUAAAGCUGACCCACGUUCUGGGGCGCCACUGCCCUGCCUGCAACCUGCCCUGUGCCCCUGAUGAUCUCACCCCACCUGCCAAAACCUUUUUAUCAGCCCUGCAUUCCCUGCCUUUGCUCUGCCCCAAGGACGGCUGUGGCGAGCAGGUAAGGCUAGACUCAUUUAAAGCUCACUGUCGGAGCCAUGAGCUGGGGGAAGAUGCAAAGCAGCGUUCUUCAGAAGUGGACAACUCCCUGACAGGCAGCAAAGGGGGAAGACCCCGGCAGCACUUGCUCUCACUAACCCGCCGAGCCCAGAAGCAUCGGCUAAAGGAGCUGAAGACCCAGGUGAAGGUGUUUGCUGACAAAGAGGAAGGCGGGGACCUGAAAUCGGUGUGUCUGACGCUCUUCCUGCUCGCACUGAGAUCUGCGAGUGAGCAUCGGCAGGCAGACGAGCUGGAGGCCCUGAUGCAAGGCAGAGGCUUCGGGUUGAAUCCUGCUGUGUGUUUGGCCAUUCGGGUCAACACUUUCCUGAGCUGCAGCCAGUAUCACAAGAUGUACCGGACUGUCAAAGCCACAAGCGGCCGCCAGAUCUUUCAGCCGCUGCACAGCCUCCGAACCGCUGAGAAGGAGCUUCUCCCCGGCUUUCACCAGUUUGAGUGGCAGCCAGCUCUCAAGAAUGUGUCGCCAUCGUGCAACGUUUCCAUUAUUAACGGGCUCUCUGGAUGGGCUUCCUCGGUGGAUGACUCCCCGGCUGACACAAUCACUCGGCGCUUUCGUUAUGAUGUGGCACUGGUGUCUGCGUUAAAGGAUCUGGAGGAGGACAUCAUGGACGGGCUGAGAGAGAGUGGGAUGGAAGACAGCGCUUGCACCUCAGGCUUUAAUGUCAUGAUCAAGGAAUGUUGUGAUGGCAUGGGUGAUGUCAGCGAGAAACAUGGCGGAGGACCUGUUGUUCCUGAGAAGGCGGUGCGCUUCUCUUUCACCAUUAUGUCUGUCUCCAUCCUUGCAGACGGUAAGAAGGAGGAGGUUACCAUUUUCACUGAGCCAAAACCAAACUCAGAGAUGUCCUGCAAGCCCCUCUGCCUGAUGUUCGUGGAUGAAUCAGACCAUGAGACACUUACAGCUCUCCUGGGGCCCAUAGUUGCAGAGCGGAAUGCAAUGAAAGAGAGUAGACUCAUCCUGUCCAUCGGUGGUCUGUCUCGCUCUUUUCGCUUCCACUUCAGGGGCACGGGCUAUGAUGAGAAGAUGGUGCGUGAGAUGGAGGGUCUGGAGGCCUCGGGGUCCACAUACGUCUGCACUCUGUGUGACUCCACCCGUGCAGAAGCCUCGAAAAACAUGGUGCUUCACUCGGUCACUCGCAGUCACGAGGAGAACCUAGAACGAUACGAAAUCUGGAGAAGCAACCCCUUCUCCGAGUCUGCAGACGAGCUGCGAGACAGAGUCAAAGGGGUCUCCUCUAAGCCCUUCUUGGAGACCCAGCCCACGCUCGACGCAUUGCACUGCGACAUCGGCAACGCCAGUGAAUUCUUUAAAAUCUUCCAGGACGAGAUCGGGGAAAUGCACAAAAAGGCCAACCCCAGCCGGGAGCAGCGGCGCAGCUGGAGGGCAGCGCUGGACAAACAGCUAAGGAAGAAGAUGAAGCUUAAACCAGUUAUGAGGAUGAAUGGGAACUACGCCCGCCGGCUAAUGACCAUGGAGGCCGUGGAGGCGGUGUGUGAGCUGGUGCCCUCUGAGGAGAGGAAGGAGGCCCUGAGGGAGCUCAUGAGGCUCUACCUGCAGAUGAAGCCUGUGUGGCGUGCCACCAAUCCAGCCAAAGAAUGCCCCGACCAGCUGUGUCGCUACAGCUUUAACUCCCAGCGCUUUGCUGACAUCCUCUCUACCUCCUUCAAAUAUAGAUACAGUGGAAAGAUAACCAAUUACCUGCACAAGACCCUGGCCCACGUGCCUGAAAUCAUAGAGAGGGAUGGAUCCAUAGGAGCCUGGGCCAGCGAGGGGAACGAAUCCGCAAACAAACUGUUCAGGCGUUUCCGGAAGAUGAAUGCUCGUCAGUCGAAGGCCUUUGAGCUUGAAGACGUGUUGAAACAUCACUGGCUCUACACCUCUAAGUACUUGCAGAAGUUUAUGGAGGCUCACAAGGACUCUGCCAAAGCUCUGCAAGCUACCAUUGACCUCGAUGAUGAAGAUAUGUCUCAAGACACUGAUUUUUGAUUUUUUUCCUUGAGCACAAUUGAUUGAUGGACAUUUAAUUGAUUUCAAAAGAGGUGUUUAAUCUGACAGUUGCCUCUGUGUUUGUAUAUUGUUACUUUAUGUGGUUAUUGAUUGAUUAUAAUAGAAGAAUAUAAUAAUGUUUCAUGAAGUUUUGGGAUAGAUUCUGACCAUACAUCUAAGUUGUUUUAUUGUUUGUUGAAUCAUGUAUAGUUGGAUAUUACAAAAAAAUCUCUCCAAUAGCCAAUAUUUUGCACCUGAGCAGACAAAUUGUCGAAAUUUAAUAGAAGAUUGUGUUUUUGCUCACUUUUUAGUGGUUCUGUUACUUGUUUGAAACAUUUACUUGUCUUUGAAUCUCUGUGCUAACUGUCGCCUGUCAGUUUUAAGAGAGGACAGUGGAGGAACACCUAAUGUGAAAGUAACACACAGGUUUCUUUUUUCUUUGGCCUUUUUCCUUGUUCCUUUUUUUAUCUUCACCGUCUGUGAAAUAUGGCGCAUUUUAUUGCAUUGCAAGGAUAUGACACAUUUAUGAAUUUAUAUAGUGAAGAUAUUUAUGGAAACAGAGGAAAGCGCUGUAAGUCAUGGAGGAAAAUUGUGUUAAAAAGACCACAUUUGUGGCCACUGUAUUAAUAUAUCAUUUUAGCUGGAGCACAAUGCAAUCACGGAGACCCAAAUGUUCUUUGUUUCAUGAGUGCCCUCUGAAAAAGAUUACUUUAGUGCUUUAUCGUGGGAUCCCUGAGGGGCAGAAUAGAUGCCAGGUCACUUUGAACCAAUUUUUAUCUCUUAGUUUUUGCACAGUGGAGGAUAGAUGAUGCUUAUUUGAAUUCUUCUCAUAAAAUAAAGCAUAUACUGACCUUUUUUUGUUGAUAUCAUAAAAAUACAGUAUGGUCCAUUACAGAGCCUAAUACCCAAUAGACUCUCUAGCAGACAGGGACUUUUCUUGAAUUCUGUAUAUGACCUGGCUCCUUUUCUCGCUUUUUAUUUCUUCGCUGCCACCACUGACAGAGGAGAGGGAUGGGCGGCAGCCAGAAAGACCUGAUGUAAACUGAUUUGUUUGCAACUUUAUAUGUUUGAUUGAUUGAUUAUAUUGUCUUUUUCUACCCUCAACCAUUUUCGAUUGUGACAGGCAAUUUUGUUUUCUUAUUUGAUUGAAUGUUUGAUUUUAUUCCACUGACAUAAGUUUAACCACAUGACAUUUAUGAAAUAUACACAUUUCAUUGGGUAGUUGUCACAGUUCUACAAUAACAGCACGUUUUAGAGUGCAUUAUACUGCAACUUGUCUCAUAUUUGUUUUUUUUGCCAUAAUGAAUUGCAUUCCCAAAGUAAUGGAUGAUGGAUGAUUCACAAAAUUCCAUUUGUUCACAUUUCACACUGUAUUUCCUCAUUUUGUGCCUCCACACACACACUAAAUAAAAAACUGUUUACUGGGGUGACAGAAGACUUUCAUUAGAGAUUUAUUUUACAUACAAGUACAAUAUCACACUAAAAUUCUGCUACUUUUUCAUGUUUUAUUUGUUUUUAAAUGCUGUACUGUAUGUAGCUGUUUCUGCUGUGAACCAGACAACUUCCCAACCUUUUGACAAGUUGUUUUUCUAGAGGUUUACACUUUUUUGUGUCUGUUUCCAACAAUGAAUAAAUAAAGUCAAAAUCUGA